CACGAUUAUUCAGCGCUGGUGGUGAUUGGCGGGCUGCGGUAUACAACAGCCAUCCCGGACGAGACCCACUUGACACGCGCGAAAUACAGACGGGCUUGCUGGAGAACCAAGCGAGUUCGACACAUCAGAAUGGUAGAACGCUCGACAGAGCAGCGUCUGGACACGCUGCGCGCGUCAAUAGCCAAUCUCCAAACCCAACAAGCCCAGCUAGAAGCCGAGAUAGCAGAUAUCAAGAUACAACUCAAAAACGAUCCCUCGGAGACAGUAAAGCGGCACAUCCGCCUGUUACACGAGUACAAUGAGAUCAAGGAUAUCGCCCAGGGCCUGAUGGGUCUUAUCGCCGAAGCACGGGGUGUGCGACAGGUUGAUGUGCAGAGGGAAUAUGGGGUUAAAGAGCAGGAUUGAGAUGAUUAUCGUGUACGAUGCAUGAACUACCAUCACUCGGGCGAUGGAAGUCUGGAAUAUGACUUGAGUAUCUGCCACGAUGGAGAUGAUCCGCACCUUAUGAAUUAUGAUUCUGAUGACGAGUACGUUGUGAAAGAUGCGAUUUCGAGAAUUAUUUACGAUUUCUCGUACAGCUAUCAUCAACUGAGCGACAUUCAUAAAUUAUAUGACUCAAUCUGAAUAAAGAAGAUUACCGAUACUGGGUGUGGGAGCCUUCAACUAGACUUAACCAAGCACACCAAUCCACUACAAGACCACCACGUUAUUACAAUCUUCAAUACCAAUUUGCC